CAAGGAGGGGAGAGAGAGCCCGAUAUAUAGAAGGCCGGCAGGCACUCGGUCACUCACCAGACGCCGCCAUGAGACACAAGUUAGCCGUCUCCCUGCUUCUGGUUGUGCUUGGGGCAGCGCUGGCCGUCAGUGCCGAGAAGCCAAAAACGUACACCUCCAAGUAUGACAAUGUCGACGUGGACAGCAUCUUGGGAAACAGUCGCAUCCUGACCAGUUACAUCAAGUGCAUGCUGGACGAGGGACCAUGCACACCGGACGCCAGAGAUCUCAAGAAAACCCUUCCUGACGCACUGCAAACAGGUUGUGAGAAAUGCAAUGAAAAACAAAAGACAACUUCAGAGCGCGUCAUCAAACACUUGAUAAAGGAACGUAGCAAGGACUGGGACAGGCUCGUGAACAAAUUCGAUCCGAAGGGAGAGUACAAGAAGAGAUACGAGUCCUUGGCGUAGGCAGCCGUGCAGCUUGCUGGACCAAACAAGAGUAUUGUCUCUCUAAUAAACAGUUCCACGAACGGACCACAUCCAUGUAAUGGAUAAGCUAAAAAACACGAGCAAAGUAAUCUUGUUUUGCCUAUGUAAAGUAAGGACAAUACACGAUAAAUCAGUUGUUGAGACUUUCGAGUUCUCGCAGCAUCUA